AUUAGGACCACAUCUCGACGUGGCUGGAGCCAGAUUUUUCUUGCAUCCAUGGCCUGGAGACCACUAUUGGCACCGAUGAAUUGAUGGAAUGCUGUGCGAAUGGUGCAUGCACAGGUAACGUACCAGUUCCACGAGACUGGUGGGUGCCGUAGCCGAAUGCCGCUGUGUAGUCCCUGUCCCACACAUAGUGCUGGGGAUGUGAAAUGGAGAGACCUCAGAAAGGUCCGAGCCAGAUACGUCAAAAUGCACCGGAAGCUGGUCCUCUUGUGGUGUGACGGCCUGACAGGUCGAUAACUCGAUUUCCAGGCUCAAGCUUGGUUUACAACUUUUUCCACAGUCUUUGUUUGUGUGUUUUGAAAGCUCUGACCAGCCAGAAACAUCUUGACAAUCAGCAGUGCUUAUAACAACUUCCCCAGCUGCAAGGUCUCGACUGAUCUUUUUCCCUUUCCUCAGCGCCGGGGUUUGAACCUUGUGCUGAUCCGAUCCCCAACUUCCGAUAUCACCUUUUCUUAGAACUGCCAUUUCGAGCGCCUUUGUCUGGAGAAUUUUCCGACUUUUACGCACAGAAACUUGUCAUCCGCGGUAGUUCGAGCAAUCGAGAAGUUGGAAAAUUUCCAGUUGUCUAUUGAGCUUGCAGAGUGUUCCGGUAAUACCUCUGUGCUUUUAGACUCUUGGAUCUCAUCCACCAUUCUUACUCAACUCUUCAACGUUUUGCCUGGUGCUUCAAACGUUAUUCCCUAAACAAUCCGACCUCAACCUCAACCUACAUAUCGACAUCUGCAAUCUUCGCACGAUCAAACCGCAUAUCCUAGAAUACCCCAAAUCUCAAUAGAAAAUCACUAGAACCCGUCAAUACAAAAACAAGAACUUCAAAAACUCCAAAAAUGGUCGCUACUACCAUCACCUUCAACAAGCCCGGCGUGCAGGCUCCAGUCUAUGUGGCAGGAAACUUCACGAACUGGACACCCAUCGAGAUGAAACACGAACCCGUUGAAAAGGACGGAGUCGUUGAAAACCACUUCUCCUAUACGGUCGAUCUCGAGCCUGGCGAGUUUCAGUACAAGUUCCGACUGGGGCCCGGUGACUGGUGGGUUCUUGAUGAAUCCACUCCAACAGCCAACGAUGGCGCCGGGAACAUCAACAAUGUCCUGGCUGUCAAGCCUGAAGAGACCAUAGUCUCUGCCGCAGAGGUUUCCGCUGGACGGGAGCCGGAGCAGACCCACCUAGUCUCUGGUGCUGAAGAUACCCAGAAGUCAAUCCCAGCGGAAGAAGCUAAUGAUGCUGCUCCCGUUGUCGAGACUGAACCCGAAGACACACCUGUACAAGCACAGGCACGGACGCAGACACAGGAAGUUGGACGCGAACCGGAACCUGAAUCUGAAUCCCCAGCUGAACCUGCCCCUACACCUGCAACCGCACCCGCAGCCGCAGCCGCACCAGUACCUGAAGUCGAGCACGAUUCAGAGAGUGAUCAGGAUGAGCAUGAACAUGAACCUCAACCUCAACCAACAUCGGCUGUCUCUCAACCGAUCGCGGAACACGAACACGAACACUUUGACGCGACCAAGGAAGGGUCGAUCCCCGACGUCGCGCCCCCACCAUACGAGGAACAUCAUGCGAUCCCAGUAUCGUCGUCUCCUCAAACCGAUUCUCCUUCACCGGUCGUCAUUGUCCCGAACGAAAAGAAACCACCGAAGGAGGUAGUCAACAACGCCGCCCAGAAAGUCCAGGCCGAGCUCAAACAAGCCGGACAGUCAUGGUUUGCUCAAAAUCCAGUAUUGGUGGCUGCCAUGGUCGUUGUUCCUGUCGUUGUUUCUUUGAUUUGGUAUCGGUAGGGGUUCCACAAGCGGUGAUUUUGUUGUUUCAUGCGCGCGCAACUGUUUUCGUCCCUUUUUGUUUCCUUUUGACUUCUCAUGGCAUGUCACAGAGAGGGCGGGCAUAGCAAGCAGCUCGGAGCAGCCUGGCAUAAGCCAACCCAUCCUUUUAGUUUUCGUGGCAAGCUAUUUUGCUAUUCCUCCUUUUUGUGGUCUAUUGUGUUUUGCAAGAGCUAGCGAAGAGUUAUAAUCGAGCGAGAUCAAGUAGGCUGACUUGCUCUACUAUAGGGGUCGUGGCAGAAGUUAGCGGGAUAUUGAUUUGAAUUUUAUCUUGUUUUUCCUAAAUUCUUCUUGUAUCGUCUUCCAGAUGCAUCGUGGUUGCAGACGUCUCAUCCUGCGUGACCAUUCGUUUUCCCUCUUGAUGGACUCAUCAGAAGUGUGAUAAAGUGGUAUCUGACAUUCAUUUACUGUUCGAAAUACAUGCCCGGACGCAAGCCCUCCUAGUACCUACUGCUACCGCAUUUUCCCUAGCUGUAGAAUGUACCUGACCCCUAGGACAAAACAGCCAAUCAUUUCUUCUUGUUAUUCGUCUUCUCCGGCUCAGGUUGCAGAAAGAAAAAGUCCUGCAGGGAUUUCCAUCUUUUCAU